AUGGCCGGCGCAACCAUGGCCACCGCCACCGUCACGGCCGCGUCGCCGCUCCGCGGCAGGGUCACCGGGCGCCCACGCCGCGUCCGCACGCGUUGCGCGGCCGCGAGCGGCGCGACCGAGACUCCGGCGGCGCCCGGCGUGCGGCUGUCCGCGGAAUGCGUCAUCGUGGGCGCCGGCAUCAGCGGCCUCUGCACCGCGCAGGCGCUGGCCACCCGAUACGGCGUCAGCGACCUGCUCGUCACAGAGGCCCGCGACCGCCCGGGCGGCAACAUCACCACCGUCGAGCGCCCCGACGAGGGGUACCUGUGGGAGGAGGGGCCCAACAGCUUCCAGCCCUCCGACCCGGUCCUCACCAUGGCCGUGGACAGCGGGCUCAAGGAUGACUUGGUGUUCGGGGACCCCAACGCGCCCCGGUUCGUGCUGUGGGAGGGGAAGCUGAGGCCGGUGCCGUCCAAGCCAGGCGACCUUCCGUUCUUCAGCCUCAUGAGCAUCCCCGGGAAGCUCAGGGCCGGCCUUGGCGCCCUCGGCAUUCGCCCACCUCCUCCAGUUUCAGGGGCGCGAGGAGUCGGUGGAGGAGUUUGUGCGCCGCAACCUCGGCGCCGAGGUGUAUAUGCUGGUGAUCCUUCGAAGCUCAGUAUGAAGGCUGCAUUUGGGAAGGUCUGGAGGUUGGAGGAGAUUGGAGGUAGUAUUAUUGGUGGAACCAUCAAGGCAAUUCAGGAUAAAGGGAAGAACCCCAAACCGCCAAGGGAUCCCCGGCUUCCGGCACCAAAGGGACAGACGGUGGCAUCUUUCAGGAAGGGUCUAGCCAUGCUCCCGAAUGCUAUCGCAUCUAGGUUGGGUAGUAAAGUCAAGCUGUCAUGGAAGCUUACGAGCAUUACAAAGGCGGACAACCAAGGAUAUGUAUUAGGUUAUGAAACACCAGAAGGACUUGUUUCAGUGCAGGCUAAAAGUGUUAUCAUGACCAUCCCGUCAUAUGUUGCUAGUGAUAUCUUGCGCCCACUUUCAAUUGAUGCAGCAGAUGCACUCUCAAAAUUCUAUUAUCCGCCAGUUGCUGCUGUAACUGUUUCAUAUCCAAAAGAAGCUAUUAGAAAAGAAUGCUUAAUUGAUGGGGAGCUCCAGGGUUUCGGCCAGUUGCAUCCACGUAGCCAAGGAGUCGAGACUUUAGGGACAAUAUAUAGCUCUUCUCUCUUUCCUAAUCGUGCUCCUGCUGGAAGAGUGUUACUUCUGAACUAUAUCGGGGGUUCUACAAAUACAGGGAUCGUCUCCAAGACCGAGAGUGACUUAGUAGAAGCCGUUGACCGUGAUCUCAGAAAAAUGUUGAUAAACCCUAGAGCAGCAGACCCUUUAGCAUUAGGGGUUCGAGUGUGGCCACAAGCAAUACCACAGUUUUUGAUCGGGCACCUUGAUCGCCUUGCUGCUGCAAAAUCUGCACUGGGCCGAGGCGGCUACGACGGGCUGUUCCUAGGAGGAAACUACGUAGCAGGAGUUGCCUUGGGCCGAUGCAUCGAGGGUGCGUACGAGAGUGCCUCACAAGUAUCUGACUUCUUGACCAAGUAUGCCUACAAGUGA